UUCUAAGGCAUGAUCAUCCCAUUCAUUGGCAUGUCAAUAUUUAUUUACAGUAUUGUUAAAGCACAUUCACAACAUUUUAAGAGAGGGGAAAAACUUUGAGUCACUAAGGUACUUAAAUGCAUUUAAUACCUAAAUACAACAACGGAUUUGACUUUGAUUUUGCUGCAUAUUUUAAAACAUGAUGGAAUAAGUUCAAUUCCAAACAGAAAUCUAAUAUUCUACUUGUCAUGCAGUUUGUGUAACAUCCCCUACAUCAGCUCCUCCAAUUCACAGCCCCUGCUGCAAGCAGGUUUUAGGUUUGUUAGAUGACCAUUCACAUAUAGUCUUAGAGAGAAUCAGUCUCUUCUCUAACUGAGAUUGAAAACGAGUAAUUAUAACUUUUUGAGGUUGUUUUGGGUUGAGAAUGAAGGAAACGAUGGAAAAGAUCAUACCUAACUUACUAGGUCCUAUUCCGCCUAUUUUCUGCCAGUUAUUCACAAUUUGCCUGGAGCAAGGUCAUGACUGUAGGGAGGGGAAAUUCAUCAUUUGAUGCACUAUCAGCUUUAGUGAGAUAUCCACACUACAUGCAUCAGAAAAGUGAGACUCAAUCUUAUCCCUGCCAUGCCAUCAAAGACAUGUCUUCUGAAAUUUGUCUAUAACACCAACAUGUCAUCUGAGUAACCAACUCACUAAUGAGUUUCAAUCUGCUCUACCCAAAAAUCAGAGGGGUGCUUACAUUUUUCCCCCCUAAAAAUAUUCACUGAUAACAAUAAACGCUCUGGUAACAGAAAUAAGAUAAUAAUUUAACAAUCAAGAAAAACUUUCCGUUUCUAGCUGAUCAAAUGAUUAAGUGGUCCCAUAACUGCUCUUGCUCAAAUGCCAGUCCAUUGUCUGGACACAACAGUGGCAAAUGCCUGAGUCGACCUUUUGGAUGAGAAUAUACCAUCAGGUGGCGCAAAGGAAUAUGUGACGAAUUUUUUAAUAUUAAAGUCAUUAAUUUAUUUACAUGGCGAAAGGGAAGAACCAGCAUCAUAAUGGGACCGGGAAUUGAUCUUACAAUAUGAUUCAUGAGCUGCAUUUAAGCUUAACACGGUGAAAAUCGUGCCGAUGACAGGAUCUGUAGCGCAGCCUGGGGAGAAAUUUAACUGAUUAAUAAAGCAGACGGACACUGAUUCCGCUGAGUGUAUCCAGUCACUGAUUUCGUCUUCUGAAGAGCGAUUUUCGACUGCACCGACUUACUGAAGACUAUACACCUCCUGAAGAUGGAGUUUGGGGAAAGGAAGAGGAGAAGGAAGUCACAGAGCUUUAAAUUGGUCACGGAUGAAGGUAGGCUGCUGAAUGAAUGCAAGACCUUGCAAGACGCGCGUCUGUGUCUGGGUGUUUGUCUGGCGCUGUGUGGCAGCACAGGCGACCCUGUAAACAAAAGCGAUGGCCACGACAAUGCCCAUAGUCUUUGCAUCGGCUUUACCUCACAGCUAACUCUGCUGAUUCAAGUCUUACGUGAUUUUAACUCUUCAUAUAUGAUGAAUUCCAGCUGCAAAGAUGCCAAUGGAGAGCCUAAGGAUGCUGCUGUGCCUGAUCAUUGGCUGGGGGAUGAGGGAAUGGAGAUCAAGAGGCAAAUCACAGGAAUGAUGAGGCUUCUGAGUGAUAAGACCAGCAGGGUAUAUCAACGAGCAGGAACAGAGCAAGACAGCUUAACAAAGAUGCCACCGGACAGGCAUCUGACCUGGGUACAUCAGCCUGUACCUUCAUCUCUUGCUUCAGAAGACCACCAGAUCAACAGCUGGAACUCUACAGGGGAUCCGGGGCCUUCACCUUCAUCCAUAUCCACCCCAAUCCCCAACGGUCCAGGCUGUGGCCAGUACAGCACCCGCUCCAAAGCCCUGCGGAUGCUCAACAAUACCAAGGAUCUGAACAGGGUGAAUGAGGCUAAUGCAGAUGUAGUCCCUCCUGCUGCACCAGAAACCCCCUGCUGUAUGUGUAACUGCAAAGGCGCCUUGCAGGCUAUUUUGCAGGAACUGCGUGCCAUGAGGAGGCUGAUGCAGACUCAAAAAGCAUCCUUGGAAAGGCAGGAACAGGCCGCAUCACCAUGCCAACCUCGCCUUGGUCCUGGCCCUGCUCCUCGUCGUAGGCCCCGCAAGAGGAGGCCAAUCUAUAAAGUGGCACCACUGACUGUGUCUGUUGCUAGAAGAUCUGCUGUUUCCGCUGUGGAGGCAUCACCACUCAUUGCUACACCUGCAGAAUCUGGAAAGAGGGAUGAUUGUGAUAAGGACCAAGACUCUUCAACACCCAACAGUCAUCCCGUCUCUUCUGAGGUUUUAGUGCAGCCACCUCAGAAUAAUUCAGAAACUGUCAACAAAACACACAAUUCUUUCUUGAACCAACCGAGGGAACCACAUGACAUAGAGUCUGACGUGCGUCUUGCAGAGGAAUAUGAUGUAUUUAUCUCAAAGGCUCAGCUAGACUCCAUUCUGGUCAACUAUACACGCUCUGGCAGCCUGCUGUUCCGGAAACUGGUGUGUGCCUUCUUUAAUGACGCUACUCUGGCUAACUCUUUGCCAAACGGUAAAAGGAAGAGAGGACUUAAUGACAACCGCAAAGGCCUGGACCAGAACAUUGUGGGUGCCAUUAAAGUGUUUACAGAGAAAUACUGCACUGAGCACAGAAUAGAGAAGUUGCCUGGGCCACGAGACUGGGUUCAGAUCCUUCAAGAUCAAAUCAAACUUGCCAGGAGGAGGCUGAAAAGAGAUGCAGCAGAGACAGAAGAAGUCUUAAAUGGACCCUCAACAAGCUGCAACUAUAACAAGCCUGCAAGUGUGGAAGGGACAGUGGUGAACAUGACUGGUUGAUUCAAGGGCUGCCAUAAUGGCCUUCCAAAAUAUUUUACUUGUCUUACUUGAUGCAUUUUGCCACUUUAGAUAUUUCCUUUGCAGCUGUUAACUGAUCUGUGUUUUGGAUGUAAAGGGAAAAAAAACAAGACCACAUGAAUAAGAAGGAUUCACAAACAUGUUACACUUUCAAACAACCUUGUGAUGAACUGAUGUGGAAGCAACCGGGAUGUGGAGUUACUGUAACAGACACUGAACUCUGCUGUGGUUAAGAAAAGUCAGGUCAUUUUCAUGUUCAGAAGUGAAUUACUGUUUACAUUAUAGUCUACAGCUUUAAAAGUGAACUCACGUAGUUCUCAUAUGUCAUUCCUAGCAAGUUUACAAAUCUGAAAUGAGACUAUAGCUGUACUUUAACGGUAUGACAUCCAUAUAUUUUGCACAAAUUAUAUUUUAAGGGAAAGUGUACAUUGUGGAUUGUGCCAUUUAAUUGACCAGUAACUCUCUUCAGUGGGUGUAAUGUGCAGUGUGGCAUCCACCUUAUUUCCUAACAUUACAUCCUAAAGUAAAUAUAUUUGAUAUAUUCUAUCAAAUUUUGCUAAUCAAAAAUAGGUUGAUACGCUAUAACAUCUGGCUGAAAAUAUCAAAAUAUCCAGUAUUCUGUCAAUAAAUGUUUCUUUUCAUGACUAGACUCUCUAGGCUAUGCAUAUCAGUGCUAUUGUUGUUCAUGUUGUGAUGGAAUUAAAGCAAAACUUUCUGCUCAUUGUGCAUCUUAAAUGAAUAUAGUUGUUAACAUCA